GGUGUCUGGUGUCUGGAAGUGUUUGUUACUGCUACGCGCUGAUUAGAACUACGUAAAUUCCCCAUUAAUUUCCCCCUUACUAUUGUCAACAUUAAAGAUAUCAGAACUAAAGCAAACGGCCCGACUGCUCCACUCGGUUGAUGACCACACUCGGACGCAAACUCGGACGGGGACACCAUGGCGAGCGACGGACAAAAAGUAGUCCUGAUCACCGGUUGCUCCUCCGGGAUCGGAUUACGGAUCGCAGUGAUGCUCGCGAAAGACGAGAAAAAACGUUACCAUGUGGUGGCCACCAUGCGGGACCUGAGGAAGAAGGACAAGCUGGUGGAGGCGGCAGGCGAGGCCUACGGGAAGACGCUGACGCUGCAGACGCUGGACGUGUGCAGCCAGGAGUCGGUCAAGCAGUGCGUGGACAGCUUAAAGGACCGGCACGUGGAUGUGCUCAUUAAUAACGCGGGGAUAGGCCUGGUCGGGCCAGUGGAGAGUAUCCCCAUGGAGGAGAUGAAGAAGGUGUUUGAGACUAACUUCUUUGGCGUGGUGCGCAUGAUCAAGGAGGUGAUGCCAGACAUGAAGAGGAGGCGGGCCGGACACAUCCUCAUCAUCAGCAGCGUCAUGGGUCUGCAGGGUGUCGUGUUCAACGACGUCUACGCGGCCUCCAAAUUUGCCAUGGAGGGGUUCUGUGAGAGCCUUGCGGUGCAACUUCUCAAGUUCAACAUCACUAUGUCCAUGAUCGAGCCUGGCCCAGUGCACACAGAAUUUGAGGCCAAGAUGGUGGAGGACGUGUCCAAGAAGGACUUCCCUGGGGCAGACCCCGACACGGUGCACUAUUUCAAAAACGUCUACCUGCCGUCCUCUAUCGACAUCUUCCAGGCCAUGGGACAGACUCCCGAUGACAUCGCCAGGUGCACUAAGAAGGUGAUAGAGUCGAGUCACCCGCGGUUCCGGAACAUGACGAACCCGCUGUACACGCCCAUCGUGGCCAUGAAGUACGCGGACGAGACCGGAGGCCUGUCGGUCCACGCCUUCUACAACCUGCUCUUCAACAUGGGCCCGCUCAUGCACGUCACCAUGAACGUGCUGAAGUGCCUGACCUGCGGCUGCCUUCGCAGCAGGACCGUGUCCCCCGACUGAGGGGUCAGGGGUCACGGGGUCAGAGGGCAGGGGGUGGCCUGCUGGCUCCAACCCCUCAUUAGGCCCCAGCCCUCACCAGACCCUCGCCACCUCUGUGGAGCUGUGUCACACACACACACACACACACACAAAUACAGGCACGUACGCACACAAAUGCAUGCACACACACACAAACACACAGGCAUGUACGCACACAAAUGCAUGCACAAAAACAGGCACGUACACACAUGCAGGCAUGCACACACACACACCCACACCCAUAUGAACACACACACACAAACACAGGCAGACACACACGCACACACACACAAACACACAGGCAUGUACGCGCACAAAUGUAUACACAAACAUAGGCGCGCGCACACACACACACACACACACACAGACACACAGUGUAGAUCCCUGGACAUUCCUGUCUCUUGUUUACUCUGAACACCUGUAAGCAUUCAUUUAAAUUUGUAUGGUUUAUUGUUUUCACUUUUUUAGAAUGUGUGUCCUUUAACAAAUACAGUGGCUUCAGGAAAUAUUCAGACCCCUUCACUUUUUGCACACUUUAUUAUGUUGUAGAUUUAAAUUUAAAUGGAUAAAAUCGCCAUUUCUUCCCAUCAGUCUACACUUAAUAACCCAUAAUGACAAGUGAAAAUCAACCCUACAUAGUUUGCUUAUAUUUAGCUUUCGUCACUCUAUUUAAUGCGGAGCAGUGUACCAGAAGUAUCGUUCCCUGCUUUACCUCCCUAUAAAGUGUGCAAAAAGUGAAGGGGUCUGAAUACCUUCUGAAGCCUUUAUUUAUAUAGUGGGUUCCAGAAUUAUUGGUACCCUUGAUAAAUGUCAACAAAAAUUACUGUAAACUAAAUAAUAAUGCAGUUAUUGGUAUAAGCUUUUAAUGUAUAACAUAGUGUAUUUUUCAAAUAAAACAAUCAUUUCCCCAAAAAACAGGUUUCAAAAUUAUCGGCACCCAGGGUUUAAUACUUUGUACAAACACCCCUGGGAAAGAUGACAGCCAUGACUCUUUCCCUAUUAUUUGUGAACACUUUUGCACAGCAUUCCUCCAUACAGAACUUUUCAGAAUCAUUCACAUCCGUGUGUUUGCACUUAUGGACCCCUCUCUUCGGUUCAGACCAACGGUUUUUGAUGGGACUUAAGUCUGGGGACUGAGAUGGUCAUUGCAGAACAUGGAUGUUGUUUUCACUUAACCGUUUCUCUGUGGACGUUGAUGUAUGUUUGGAGUCCGA